UGGCAACAGAGCAUGAAAAGCAUGUCACACUCUCCAAGCUCCAUCAAUCCUUUCCAAUCCCAACUCACCCUCCUCUGUGCCACUCUCUUUGAGUUUCAUUACCACCCCCCCAAAACAAGCACCUCCUCACGAUAACCUCUCUUAACCUCUCAUCCUCCUCUUCUCAUCCAUCAUCACCAACACCCCUUCAAACCCAUUAACAAUGAAACCACACAACAACAACAACAACAACAACAACACAAAGAACCUCAAAGACCAAACAGGCUUCUGGUCCACCAUGAAACCAACUUCUUCUUCUCCUCCUUCCUCCAGACCAUUUCUCCCCAGGUUCAUGAUCUAUCUCAUUAUCUCUCUUUCCCUCAUCUACUUCUCCUAUUCUUUCAACCUCCUCUUCUCCUCCUCCUGCCACCCUGACACCAACACCACCUUCAAUAAUGUCUCCCUCCUCCUCCUUGCUUCUCCUACCACCUCCCAACCACCUCCACCACCACCACCAUCACCACCUCCACCAUCACCAUCAUUAUCCUACACUCCCACAGGUCUCCAACACAUAGUCUUCGGCAUCGCUGCCUCAUCUCGUCUCUGGGACAAACGCAAAGAAUACAUCAAAAUCUGGUGGCGUCCUCACAUCAUGCGCGGCUACGUCUGGCUUGACAAACCAGUCAAAGAAUUCAAGUCUUCUUCUUCUUCUUCUUCUUCACUUCCUAUCCUCAAGAUCUCCUCUGACACCUCCUCCUUUCCUUAUACUCACAAACAAGGCAGCCGCGCCGCCCUCCGCCUCUCCCGCAUCGUCUCCGAGACUCUCCGUCUCAACCUCCCCAACGUCCGCUGGUUCGUCAUGGGCGAUGACGACACCGUCUUCUUCCCCGACAACCUCGUCCACGUCCUCUCCCACUACGACCACCGUCAACCCUACUACAUCGGUUCCCUCUCCGAGAGUCACCUUCAAAACAUCUACUUUUCUUACGGCAUGGCUUACGGCGGUGGCGGCUUCGCCAUUAGCCGCCCUCUAGCUGAGUCCAUUGCUCGAAUGCAGGACGGUUGUCUCCGCCGCUACCCUGCCCUUUACGGCAGCGACGAUCGGAUCCAAGCUUGCAUGGCCGAGCUCGGUGUCCCUCUAACUCGUCACCCUGGUUUUCACCAAUACGACGUCUACGGCGACCUUCUCGGCCUGCUCGCCGCUCACCCUGUAGCUCCCCUCAUCUCUCUUCACCACCUCGACGUCGUCCAACCCAUUUUCCCUUCCCUUCGCUCCCGCCCCGCCUCCGUCCGCCGCCUCUUCGACGGCCCCGUCAAACUCGACUCCGCCGGCGUAAUGCAGCAAUCCAUCUGCUACGAAAAAUCAAAGCGAUGGACUGUCUCCGUCUCUUGGGGCUUUGUCGUCCAGAUCGUCCGCGGUGUCAUCUCGCCGAGAGAGAUGGAAACUCCGGCGAGGACCUUCUUGAACUGGUAUCGCCGCGCUGAUUACACCGCCUACGCGUUCAACACCCGGCCGGUGGCGAGAAACCCUUGCCAGAAGCCGUUCAUAUACUACCUCUCGUCGUGGAGGUAUGACCGUGGCCGGCGCACCACCGUCACCACCUACUCCCGCCACCGCCAGUCUCAGCCGAAGUGCCGCUGGCACCUCCCCGAACCCUCCCACUUCGUCGAUCGCGUCGUCGUCACGAAGAAACCCGAUCCUUCUCUUUGGGACCGGGCUCCGAGAAGGAAUUGCUGUAGAGUAACGCCGGUGAAGGAUGGGAAACGGGGCAAAAAGGUCAUGAACGUUGAGGUCGGAGUUUGUAGGGAUGGAGAAAUUAGUGAGAUUUAGAGAUUAAUUUUUGUUAUUUU